GUUAUAUGGCCAAAUAACAUAAAUUCAAAAAAGUUUAUAUCCCAGGGCCGGCGCAUCAGCGUGGAACACGCAUGUGAGGACCCAAUUGUUCAGGAGAUGUCUGAAGUCUGCCAGUAUUUGAACCUGACCCACGUAAUCGAGCCGUACAAGUCACUGCCGAGAGAUGUUGCAGCGUAUCCCGGCCGGAUCCGAGUUCAGCUCGCCUUGGACGGAGAUGGAGGCCGCGUAAAUAUUGAGUCGCGAAUUGCAUUGAUGCGUAAGAUGGGAGAAUUGAUUCCAAAGCUCAAUAUUCGGAAA